UAGCACGUAUAUUUAUUGUUUACAUAAUAUUUACAAAAUAUAUUUAUUCAUUUAAGUAACUAAACACACGAUGGGGAUAAGUAAAUUUGUUUAUUGUAUACGACUUAAAUAUUUUGCAACUUCGAUUAUUUUGGAGUAAGGGGUUCAUCGCAAGUUUACAUUUACAUAAGAGAUAAUACGAGUUUUAUCUUCACGAUUUUGAAUUAUAAAUAUGAUAAAUUCAAAAUAGACACAUAUGACAAGCAAUUUUAGUUCUUAUUACAGAAGAGAAUAUGGUGGAGCCAAUUUUUAAUUACCAAUUUCGUCUAAUUUUAAUUGGUGAUAGUACAGUGGGAAAAAGUUCUUUACUGAAAUAUUUUACUGAUGGAAAUUUUGCUGAGCUAUCAGAUCCGACUGUCGGUGUAGACUUUUUUGCACGUCUUAUUGAAGUGAAAGAUGGAACAAGAAUUAAAUUACAGUUGUGGGAUACUGCUGGACAAGAGCGAUUUCGUUCAAUUACAAAAUCCUAUUAUAGAAAUUCUGUUGGGGCACUACUUGUGUAUGAUAUUUGUAAUCGUGCAAGUUUUGAACAUAUUCCACUGUGGAUGAUGGAAGCUAAGAGACAUAUAGAGCCUCAUAAACCUGUGUUUGUUCUUAUCGGUUGUAAACUUGAUCUUCUUAGCACAGGCGGAAGAAGAGAAGUAUCUAAAGAAGAAGCUCUUGCUUUUGCUGAGCAAAAUGGUUUGCAUCAUAUUGAGACAUCAGCUCGUACCGGUUACAAUGUUGAGGAAGCUUUUUCUGUUGUAACACAAGAAAUUUACAACAUGAUUUUAUCAGGAGAAUAUAAAAUUGAAGAAGGUUGGGAUGGUAUCAAAACAGGUUUUGCAAAACCAAAUACUUUGGACUAUAAUUUAGUUGAAGCUGAAUCUGCAAAAAGUUCUUGUUGUUAAUAUUAUUAAAAUAUUUGUAAUAAAUACCAAACGUCAUUGGAACAUGUUUGCUGUUACUAAU